AUGCAGGCGUCUUUGGUGAAGUACAACACCCCGAUAUUGAUCAGCACCACGGGUGCUGCAAAAGGCAAGAAAGAUAAGGAGAAGAAAAAGGAUGCCCAACCUGCAAUGUCCCAGACGGAGGACAUCCUGAACUCGAUCUUGCCUCCCCGUGAGUGGACACAAGAAGAUCAGCUUUGGGUCCAGUAUGUUUCCAGCACGCCAGCCACCCGAGCAGAUGUGGUCAACCUGCAAGAAGACCUGGACAAAUGGCUUCAGCAGCGACAGGCACGGGAGACGGGCAUAUGUCCGAUCCGAGAGGAGCUGUACUCCCAGUGCUUUGACGAGCUGAUCCGGCAGGUCACAAUCAUUUGUGCAGAACGUGGCCUCCUCCUCUUGCGAGUACGAGACGAAAUCAGGAUGACGAUUUGCGCUUACCAGAGCCUCUACGAGUCUUCCAUCGCCUUUGGCAUGCGGAAGGCUUUGCAGGCUGAGCAGCGCAGGAAUCAACACAACAAAAAGAUGAAGGACCUCCAGGUUGCAAACAAGAAACUCCGGGAUGAAGUAGAGGAGUUGGAGAACAAGAUCACCCAGAUAGAGAAGCAUGAAGCAGAGCGACGGGAACAAGAGGAACGCAAGCACAAAGAGGAGGUUGAGAGCUUGAAGAAGCUCAAUGCGCAGCGAAAAGAGCAGCUGGAGGCCAUGCUUCAAGCUCCCAAGAAGUGA